CGCUCGAUCAACACAAAAGAAAAACACGGGUUUAUUCUAGUAAAGACGUUCGUUCGUGACAAAGAGAAAGGAUAAGUAUAGGCAGUGACGUAUAUGCUUAUAGCUGAGAACAGCUGUUUAUUGUGUAUACAUACGUACACAUCGCCACAAAGGCGCAACUAUACUUUGUCAGCUGUAUUCUCGAAGCCUCGUGUAAUAUCGGCGAUGUUUGUGAUUCGUCAUGACUCUAGCUGCUCUCGUGCGUUUCAGUAGUCGUCCGACUCGAUCGGGAAGUUGACGUUUAUUUCAUCAAACACUGUGUAGACGCUUUUGGUCAGUGAAUUGAUUGUAGUGUCAAAGACUGAUUUGUUCAUGACAAAAAGUGGUUGGAGAUUCACGUAAUUCCCAUUGUAUGUCAAAUAUUGACGCGUAAGAGAUACAGGAUAGAUCGCUAUACAGUUGGACACUAAUGAACGAAUUUGUAGUGUUCAAGUGAAAAUGAGGUACACGGCUGCGCUAUUUGCUCUCGCUUGGUUGUCACUGCUGGCCUUAACCAUGGUCUCGGCGCACUUGUCGCACGGAACCGAGGACUCGACCGAUUACCGGCAGUGGCAGGAAUUCAAGGAGUUUCAAGAGUUUCAAGCUUGGAAGAGAGCCAAUCGCGAGAGAAAACAUUUCGAGGAGGCUGCGAAAAAGACUCACUGGAAAAGGCAUCAAUCGAGAGGGCGAGUGGCUGAUCCACCUCCGAUCGAUCAGGUUGCUCUGAUGGCCCGAUACAUCGUCCAUCAAGCUAAUUGGACAUCUGUAGCGACAAUCAGUUCGCAAAAAGAGACUCUAAACUAUCCGUUUGUCAAUGUGAUUUCCUUCAGCGAUGGGCCGCUUGGCAACGGUACUGGGAUUCCAUAUUUAUACCUGACGCCGUUAGAUUUCACGGCUCAAGAUGUUUUCAAUGAUAAUCGCGCGACGCUUAUGAUGACUCUGGCUCAAGGCAAUUGGUGCCACAUCAAGGAUUAUGACCCGAUGGAUCCUAGAUGCGCCAGGAUUAUUAUGUCAGGGAAAAUUAAAGCGGUGAAAGAAGAUAAUCCGGAAUUCACGAAAGCUCAAAGAGCUAUAUUUGGCCGACAUCCAUGGUUAGCUCAUAUGCCAAAAGAUCAUCAUUUCUUUUUCGCCAAACUAAAGAUGAGCACAAUUGCCGUGCUGGACACUUUUGGAGGACCCAAAUACUUGACGAUAAAAGAUUAUUUAAAUCCUCCGAACCCUACAAGUUUGGCCGAUUAUAGAGUCCGUUAUCAGAAUGAAGACGAAAGGUUCAAUAUUUAAAUAUUAAGUUGACAAAAGGAAGGAAUAUUUUUUUAUACAAUGCAUUACGGGUAGUACUGCAAAUAAAGUAAUGGCUGUAAUUAACUAACUAAAUCAAUUUCGUCAUUCAAUAUUAAGAUAUUAUUCAUGCUGUCUUACGAUGAAAUAUAUGGAAAUACCAAAGUAAAAUGUUACAGUACAUUAUUGCCAAUUGUAAAGUGAAUAUUCAAUGUACAAUAUUUGAGAAUAUUUAAUAGUUUGAACUUGAAACUAUAUAUGAAUUGUAAUAAAGAAAUAAGAACAGUUGUAUUCUCAUAAGCGUUCUUUCUGAAAUUUGUUUUGGCAGCCUUAAAAAAGGUUCUGUUUAAUUCUGUAUGCUCGCACAUAUCUCUGGAACGAUUAAACCGCCUUUAAUAUAGCUGUGCCUUCAGAAUUACAAGUCAGAUUAGUUGUUGGGAUUGCGCGCUACACGCUCGUUUGGAGUUCAUUUUUGCUUCUGUCUAUUGUUGUUCUAGGACUUUAUUAAAAAAUGUUCUACUUUUUAGAUCAGAAUAAGAAUUAUGUAAAAUUUCUUCUUG